AUGAUUCGAUUACUAAUAUUAUAUUUGAUAUAUUAUAUUGGUAUCAUAACAAAUGGACAACUUGUUUACAAUGAUACUAUAUCUAACAAACAACAACAAUCUAUACAGAACCUUCAUGAAAGGGCAAUGGAUGGAAUACUGAACAACAGUAAACAGAUGCUUGAAAAAGCAGCUGAUGAGAAGCUAAGCAGUGAUCGUUUAAUACUGAUAUCUUAUUUAGCUGCGAUAAGUCAGUUUCCAAAAAAUCUAUUCGAUUCGCUAAAAUUAUUAUCUGAGGCUAAUAACAUUGAAACAGCAGCUGAAAGGGAUAAAAAUUAUGGCUAUCUCUCGAAAUGUUUCCGAACAGACUUUGAAGGUUCCAUGAUAUCCGGAGCUUUGCAAGUAGCCGUAGAUGAUGUGAAUGCUGAUCCAGAGUUACUUCCAAAUCAUAAGCUAAUCUAUACAUUCAACAACACUUGUGGCGAUGAGCAGCAAAGUACUCGAUUUUUUAUGCAACAUUGGGCACAAGGUGCAAAGGUUUUCAUCGGUCCGGAAAUGAAUUGUCGGACGGAAGCAACGAUGGCAGCUGCUCAGAAUUUACCUAUUCUAUCUUACAAAUGCAAGGAUGAAAUGAUGUCUGACAAAUCCAAAUAUCCUACAUUUGCGAGAACAGUACCAACGGAAACAGAAAUAACAGCUGCAUUGAUUGCAUUGUUCAAGCAUUUCGAAUGGCGCAAAUUUUCAAUAAUUUAUGAAAGAAAUGUAGCAAAUGAGGAAUUAUUUCGUUCAAUAAAGAGCACUAUUGAAAAGCAAAAUAUGGGCCUAGAAGUAAGUGAUACCCAUUAUGUGAUCAUAAAUGUGAGUACCGUACCUCAUCCAUUCUCGGAAAUUGAACGAAGCAACAUCAAGCAAAUCAUUUCUGACACAUAUGUUUCAACUCGAAUUUAUCUGACAUUUGGAAAUGUUCGUUUGUUUCGUCGGAUACUUCUAGAAAUGGGAGCUCAGGGCUUAAUGGAAUCUGGUGAUUAUGCAUUGAUUUAUCUGGAUCCUGACUAUAAUUGGUUGAACACCUAUCAUGCUAUGAAUAAUCACUUCUUCAGAGAUACUCUGCUUUCGGUAAAGCAAUCAUGGGAUGACUUGAAUUCGCAGGAUCGAAAGGUUGUAAAUUUUUCGAAAUUUGCCUUGGCAAUCAUUCCAACACCGGUGCAGUUAAAUGCUCCAGAAUUUAUAGCAUUUUGGCGUAAAGCCAAUCAUUAUUUGUCAUUAUUUGGUGUAAAACAGAGCAGUACUACAACUUCUAUUAAGGCAAAUCGUUUUGCAUGUUAUUUAUAUGAUGCGGUGAAAUUAUAUGCAUCAGCAUUAACAAUGGUAUUAAACGAAACUGCCAAUGAGCAGCUUUCCGUUGGUUAUGAUCCGAUAUCGGAUGGGAAACGGAUCAUCGGUCAUAUCUUGGGACGUGUAUAUCGAAGUAUACAAGGAUUUGAUAUGCAUAUUAAUAGCAACGGGGAUGCACAAGGCAAUUAUACUCUAUUGUCACUGCAAGAGAUAGAGCCAGUAUUGGAUAUGGAUAAUCCUGAUUACUAUCCACUCAAUUAUGGUCUAGGUAUUUCUGCUGAUUUUGUUCAUGACUUUACCGGUGAUCUUCCUUUGUUACGUUUCAAACGUGAUAUCCAAUGGCCUACUGGAUUUGCACCUCGUGACGAACCUAUCUGUGGAUUUCAUGGAAAAAUGUGCAAAAAAGACUGGUGGUUAACAGUUUUCCUGACAGUACUUACUGUAUUCUGCUUCUUUUCGGUGGUUGGAAGUGCAAUGAUUUAUCGGAGUUAUAAAUUUGAGAAAGAGCUGUCAAAUGUUUGGAAAAUUGAUCAACGUGAAAUCGAAAAGAUUGUGCAGUGCUGUGAGUCUGCUGCUUCAUUAUAUGUUGUGGAAAAUAAUCAGAUUUUGCUACAAAAUGAUGAGGAAUGCAAUCAGGAGAAACGAUGGCCUGGAUUAUGUGGUGUUGCACUUUAUAAAGGGGCUGUGGUAUCAAUUGAUGAAAUUACUUAUCCUCGCAAAGUAAAGGAAUUGACUCGAGCAGCCAAAUUGGAAAUGAGAAUUAUGCGUCAAUUGCAUCACGACAAUGUUAAUUCAUUUCGAGGAAUAGUGAUUGGUUCCUCAUCAAUAUGUGUAGUGAGAGAAUUCUGUGCCAGAAGUUCGUUAAUGGAUAUCCUUCGUAAUCAUGAUCUCAAGUUGGAUCAUUUAUUUAUCGCAUCAUUUGUGGAAGAUCUUGUAAAGGGCAUGAUAUAUUUGCAUGAAUCGGAUUUGGGAGUUCAUGGAAAUCUCAAGUCCACCAAUUGCUUGAUUACUAGUAGAUGGGCUUUACAAAUAGCUGAUUUUGGAUUGCACGAAAUUCGGGAUGGUCAAGAAUGGGAAAGUGAUGAUUUUAUGUGGGAAAAUUUUCUGUGGACAUCUCCGGAAUUAUUGCGUAAAAGUGGAUGUUUGCAUGCUGUUAAAGGUACUCAAAAAGGCGAUGCUUACUCGUUUGGUAUUAUUUUGCAUGAAAUUAUAACUCGACAGGGACCAUUCAUGAUGCUCCGAAAUAGUGAUUUAACAGCCAAAGAAGUAGUGCUAAAUGUACUGAAUAAUGUUGAUUAUCGGCCAUCCUGUGACGGUCUUCCAGCUGCUAGUUAUGUUAUCAAUGUUAUGACGUUGAGCUGGUCUGCUAUCCCAGCAAAUCGUCCUGAUUUUCGAACUAUUCGGCACAAACUGAAACCUAUGCUUGAACCAAUUUAUAAAAGAAAUAUUAUGGAUCAUAUGAUGGUAAUGAUGGAGAAAUAUCAAAAUCAACUAGAAGAUUUGGUUGACGAACGUACUACUGAAUUAAGAGAAGAAAAACGGCGAACAGAAAAUUUACUUCAACGUAUGCUACCUGUUUCGGUAGCUCAGCAAUUGCUUGCUGGUCUUGAUGUCGUACCGGAAUCAUUUUCUUCUGUUACUAUAUAUUUCUCAGAUAUUGUUGACUUUACAAAAAUCUCUGGCGUAUCAACUCCUUUGCAAGUAGUGGAAUUUCUCAAUAAAUUGUAUACCCUGUUUGAUCAUAUCAUCAAGCAGUAUGAUGUUUACAAGGUGGAAACAAUCGGUGAUGCUUACAUGGUAGUAUCUGGAAUGCCUGAAGCUCGUCCAGUGGAAGUACAUGCAGAACAAAUUGGUAUGAUGGCACUUCAUCUCUUAGCUGCUGUUCGAAAUUUUAAAAUUCCACAUCUUCCUCAAGAACAACUCAGAUUACGUAUUGGCAUACAUACAGGGCCAUGCGUAGCUGGUGUUGUAGGCAAAACAAUGCCACGUUACUGUCUAUUUGGCGAUACAGUGAAUACAGCUUCACGUAUGGAAAGCAAUGGUUGUCCUCUGAAAAUUCACUGCAGUGAGCAAACACAAGAUGUUUUAGCAAGGAUUGAUGGUUUUGAAUUGAAGAAACGAGGAACGCUGCAAAUUAAGGGUAAAGGAUUAAUGACUACAUAUUGGUUAACAUCUCGUAGAAAUGUAACAUUUGCAAUAAAGGAUGAAUGUGAGCUGUUGUUAGACGAAAAGUUGGCGCCGAAUAUUUUCCCACGAAUGUCUGUCCGAAAUAGAAGACUUUCCACUUCAGCAAUCAGCAAAGGAUCAUCUAUUUCUUUGGCAGGAAAAGAGCCAUCAUUAUUACGUCGUAUCAUUGAACGUGCUACGUUUCUACGUAAUGAUAACUUGGAAUUUUGCAGCGGCUAUAUCGAUGAGAGUAGUAGUGUUAAUAGCAAGAGACCACAAAUGACGUGUUCGAUUCUUCCUUACAGACGGUCAUCUUCCUUGCCAUAUAAGGAUGCAUGUAGUCAACAACUGGAAGAUGCAGAAAUAAAUACGAUGCAAAAAUCUGACAAUAUGAAAUAUCUUAGAAGUGAUGGCAUGAUGCAAUCUUUCUGUGGUAGUUUUAUGUCAAGAAAACGUCCGCUUUCUUAUGAAGCUGGUAUAUAUUCAGUUGAUAAUACAGAGAUGUCAGAUGUUUGUAGUCCGUUAAUUUUGGAGAAAUGCAAAAUGUCGAAAUGGCCAAAGCUCAUCAGAAGUGCGCUUUCUUUAUCACAAAAUCGCGAACGGGAACAGAAGAAUCGGUUCGGUCAGAAUUUGAAAAAAUGUUUGACAACAAGUACAUCCACAAAUGCAUCUUGGCAUCGUUUACCUCAUGCACUUUACAGUUCGGACUUAUCGAUAAAUCAUGUUGACGAGAGCAACUGUGCCUGA